ACUCCGUUUCGUAAACAUUCAUUUGUGUUGACCCAUGUUGGGUACCUCCUGCAGUAGUAACAAGCCAACAUGGCUUCCGCUGAGCAAGUUGGUUUGAAUAAAACUUGGGAACUUUCACUUUACGAAUUGAACCGUUCACCGCAAGAUGCAAUCACCGAUAACACCGAAAUAGCCGUAUCUCCAAGAAGCCUUCACAGUGAACUAAUGUGUCCUAUAUGCCUUGAUAUGUUAAAGAAAACUAUGACUACCAAGGAGUGUUUACAUAGGUUUUGCUCAGACUGCAUAAUUACAGCGCUCCGGUCCGGCAAUAAGGAGUGUCCAACGUGCAGGAAGAAAUUAGUGUCAAAACGAUCGUUAAGGCCUGAUCCUAACUUUGAUUUGCUUAUUUCUAAAAUUUAUCCCAGUCGUGAUGAAUAUGAAGCGCACCAAGAACGAGUGCUUGCAAAAUUAAACAAGAGUCAUAGUCAGGCAGCUUUAGUGAACUCGAUUACAGAAGGUAUCAAGAUUCAGUUACAAAACCGGCCGCAAAGAGCAAGAAAGGCGGCAAAUGAACCAGAGACAACACCUAAUAAUACACCUAACACAAGCGCCCCAUCUACACCAACACCAUUGCAGAAUGAAUUACGUGAACCUAUUGCAGUUCCCGCACCACCAGCUCUUUCCACAACUACUCCAGCACCAUCACCGAUUAAUGUACCUCCUGCCUCUGUUCCAACACAACCAGCAGCAUUACCACAACCUGUACCUCCACAAAUAAACCAACAAACCCACCAACCAAGUCCACAACCCCAGUCUUCCCAACCUCCUGUACAAAGUUCAUUGUACCCAAAGCCACCAAAGAGGGCAAAGUCUGUGCAUAAUUCUGAAAAUGAGUCUGCAGGUUCAAGUGUUGAAGCAGGCGGUCAGGAUUCUUCAGUUGGAGAAGGUGAUGGUCCAUCAGAGCCCAUAACAAUCAACGAGAUUGAACUGGUGUUCAAGCCACAUCCAACAGAAAUGGGUGGAGACAAUUCCUUGAUUAAGGCGCUGAAGGAGAAUUCUGUAAGAUACAUCAAAACUACAGCAAAUGCUUCAGUGGAUCAUCUUAGCAAGUAUCUUGCGAUGCGUCUUACUCUGGACCUAGAUUCGGAACUUCCGGAGACAUACCGGCUCCUCAAUUUCUGUAUAUAUAUCGCACCAACACCUGGACAGCUCGUGGUUCUCAGUGGGAAUCAGACUUUGCGUCAAGUCAAUGACAAAUUCUGGAAAGUGAACAAACCACUUGAAAUGUUCUAUUCUUGGAAGAAAUCCUAGGGGUGGGACCACCACCCGCACACCGGGAGAGGAACUAUGAGGAAUUAAUAUUAAUGGUGGUAAACACAGAUUAAUACAGCAACAAAUUCAGGACAUGCCUUUGGAUCUGCUCGUCAUCGAUCAAAGGUCUGACCUCCCAUUGAUUCCGCCGUCAGCGCAAACAGGCAGAAAUCUCCGAGUGCUAACUUUGAACUGUAAAUGUGUUAAGGUAUGAGGGUUGUUGAAACGAAAUGCAUCUGGGGAUUAUUCUGUGUAGUCCUCACGAAUGUUGAGGCAGGAAUUCCGCUGAUGCACCAUCUGAUUGAUCUUCUGUAAAGAACUCCCUGUACGGCUACUGAAACCACUGCGACUUUUGAUGUCUUUGGCUGACCUGUACCUACGGCCUUUUUAAUGCUUUCUUGAGGGGUCUGAACACCUGGACGUCAUACGAUAACAGGUCUCGGCUAUAUGGGAGACGGGCCAACACCAUCCAGCACACGAAGCGCAGCAUAUCCUAGACUGUGUGGGCCACAUGGGGAUGGGCAUUAUUGUGCAACAUGAUGACACCCCUUGUGAGUAUUUCAGGGUGCUUUCUGUUGGUGGCGGUACAGAGUUCUUCAGGUUUCCACAAUAGUGCUGAGCAUACUGUGAUGCCAGGGUCAGGAACUGAGUGACAGCUUGUUGAUCCUGUAUGGAUGAAUUCUGCACCAGCUGACAUUUAAACAUGUCACACUUGCUCAAAUUUCCUCUCAUGCACACAACUGCGACUGGUCAUAUUCACAGGCGGUGCCUCAAAUGGGUUACGUUUGAACAGCCCUCAUACUUCCCAAUCCAUUUUCUCAAGAACAGCAUGUAAUAUACCAGAUAUCAUCAUUUUACUGCAUGCAUGUUAGUAAAAAAAAAAAAAAAAAAUUCUCAAAUGCGUUGUACGCAUGUAACAUAUUUUAAUCACAAAUUUAUUGAGAAAUAAAUUUUCUGUUGCAGCGUGGAAGAAGUCGUUUCACCCAAACACUCCAAUGUGUUUAGCCAUUGUGAAAGGAGAAUAUUGUACAUAGAAAAUGUUGCAUUUCUUUGGAAUAGAGUCGUAAAAUAUAUUUUACACUUGCAGUAAGAAAAUAAAAUAUCUGCUACUUUCUGAAAUGAAUUUAUUUUUGCCUGUAGUCAGUCUCAUAACUUUAAUGUUGAUUUAAUGGUUGAACAUUGAGUGAAAUGGAAUAAUGACCGAGGACUUAAAUAAUGAAGUUAAAGUUUAGUUGAUACGGUGGUUGAGCUUAAAAAGGGUUCGUGGAAUAGGCCAGUUACUGUACUUGAUUUGUUUUAAUCUUGGUAGAGUUAUGGGUAAUUUGUAUGCAAUGACUGUUUUGUCUCUUGCAUAACAGAUGUUGUAACUAUCACGUGGGGCAUGAAGACUGUGAUUUAUGUUGUUAAAAAUGUGUAUUUUCUUUGAAUUGUUAGUUUUAAUAGUCUUUACGAUUUAACCACAUAAAUGACAUUUUACUAUGUACUGGGGAGGCAAUGUAUACUUUGUUUAUUUUCAACAGUUAUGUUUAUAAAGAUUUCUGUCGUCUGGGUUGUUGCGCUGUGUAGUCUGGUCGACGUUAACCAACGUUUUAGAGGUCAUACUGCCUCCGUCAUCAGGGCGAUUGAAACUUUGGUAAACAUCGACCAGACUACACAGCGCAACAACCCAGAAGACAGAAAUCUUCAUACUCACCGCUGUGAAAACCUCAAAUCUUACACAGUUAUGUUUAUACAUUGUUCGUUGUUGUCUCUGUCUCGUACUGAUUUUGCUGUUUGGAGUAAGUUGGUUCAUCUUAAGUGAGCACAUUCAUUGCUAGUCUCUUUGCAAAGUGUGGGUACAAUUUGAACUUUUGCUGUUGUCAACCACUAGGGGCGGAACAUUUAUGUUAUCCUUUGUAGCCUGGCCAACACUGAAAACUGAAAAAAAUAAAAGUUCUUAAUUUUGUGGUUCAUUGGUAUUCCAUUUACUAGAACACAGAGAACUGAUCGGAUAAAAUACAUAUUUAGCAGCUCCAGCCAGCAAGUCAGUGUUAGCCACCUAGCCCUAGCUUAAUGUGGGCCUGCUGUUUACAUGGGAGUGUAUAGAAUAAUAGAAUUGCGGGUGAAGGGCUGCAUGACGUUCCAAGCAAAGAUGUUAUCCAAACCUCAACAGCUGACAUGCUACUUGCAUGGUUUCUUGACUUAACAUGCUGCAUCAUAUUUCUUGCAAUUUUAAUUGCAUUAUUUUUGUUGUGUACUGGGAACGACCCGUUCUUCAAGUGCCUGAGCACUGCGGGUCCCAACUUUUCGUUGGCUUGUUUUAAUAUAUUAUGAAGACAGCAUGUACCCCAAAUAACAGAAAAUCUAAAAUCGUACAAUUAUUUCUCUCCAAAAUGUCUAUAUUGCACUUUUUAGAGAAUAGUAUUUUCAUUUUAAAAUUUACUGUUGCUUUUGAAUGUCACUAGAAGUGUUGAAUUCACUCAUCGUAUUGCUUGAUACUUUUUAUAAUAAAUUUAAAAUUGUAACAUGCUUUGGAAGUUUUUACUGCGGCAUGUUGUGGUAAUUUUGGUUGUGAAGGACCUGAAGUUGAGUUAGAAGAAUUAUCAGUUUUAUCUCUCAUGAUUUAUAGACUUAGAGAAACAGUGACAUAAAACCAAAUUCAUAUGCACGUAGCUUAACGUGAAUCUCAGUUGUUUCAUAGUGAAAAGAAACUAAAUCCCGACAGGCAAAGCCACCGAGACCGUGGUGACGCACGUGUGGAUAAUUUACUGGCACGUGGAGUAGGAUCCAUGUGACUUGUGUGUCGAGCGGUAGUGAACUUGUUAUCUGACAAAUGACAAACUGCACUGCAAGAAACAAAUGUACAUGACAGUACAUAAGGUUGCCUAAUGAUGAAAUAUGUAUGGACAGACUUAUAUAGUGUCCUAGCAAUGGCCACAUAGACAGAGAAAAUGAGUCAUAACAAUUUUAUAUUAUUAUGAUAUUUACUGUUUGCCUUCACUGGGUAGUUCUUAUGUGACCAAUGAUGAAAUUAUAUACUAGAACCUGUAUUUUAUAUUUAUAUCUGUAAAUAGUACUGAAAAGUUGGUUCUUCAAAAAAAGCUUGAUGAUAAAUUAUCCAUAUUCUGUCAUGUAUAUUUUUAUUAUUCAAGGAAAACCAUAGUGUGCUAUGAGGAGUAUGUCUCAGUUGUAGAAGGAUAGACAUAUAUGUGUUAAAGUAUUAUUGUACAUAAACAUAUAUUAUGUAAUGUAAUGUGCACAGAUUUUUUGAUGCCUUAUAAAUUGACUUAAGUCUA